AUGGAGAACGACAAGCAAAAGCCUAUUGCCAUCAUUGGCAUGAGUUUCCGAUUUCCCGGAGACGCUAACACGACCGAAGGCUUUUGGGACAUCUUGAGCAACGCGAGGUCUACGAGGACAAAGAUUCCAAACACCAGGUUCAAUCCGGAUGGCUUCUACCAUCCGAACGCAGACCGCCCCGGUGCGAUUAUCACGAAGGAAGGAUGCUUCCUGAAGGAGGACGUCGGACUUUUUGACGCUCCAUUCUUUGGCAUAACAGCUUCUGAAGCUGAAGGCAUGGACCCUCAGCACCGUCUGCUGUUGGAAAUCAGCUACGAGGCUUUUGAGAACGCUGGUAUUCCCAUCACAAACGUGGCCGGGACCGAUGUGGGAUGCUACGUCGGUGGUCCGUCAUUCUCGAUCGACACGGCUUGCUCGUCCAGCAUGGUGGCGCUGCAUGAAGCCUGCCGUGACAUGCAGGACGGGACAACUUCAAUGGCCGUCGUUGCAGGUUCCAAUCUGAUCCUGGUACCGGCUCUCUGGCGUGCUCUUUCCAGUCAGAGGUUCUUGAGUCCCGACGGGGCAUGUCACAGCUUUGAUAGCCAAGCCAACGGGUAUGGCCGUGGGGAGGGCAUGGGAGUCAUUAUCGUCAAGCCCUUGGCGGACGCGAUCCGGGACAACGACGUGAUUCGGGCGGUCGUUCGAGGCAGCGGUAUCAACCAAGAUGGCAAGACGCCCGCCAUUACGGUCCCGAAUGCCCACGCGCAGAUGAGCCUGAUCCGAUCGACGUAUGCCAAAGCCGGCCUUGACAUGAGCCAGACCACAUAUUUUGAGGCCCACGGCACCGGCACCCCUGUUGGCGAUCCGUUGGAAUUGCUAGCGAUCGGACAGACCAUCGGCGCAGCCCGCGGUGAGGGCGACGAGCCAGUUCUUGUCGGGUCUGUCAAGAGCAAUAUCGGACAUCUUGAAGGCUCGUCCGGUAUCGCCGGCGUCAUCAAGACCGUCCUGGCUCUGGAACGGGCCGAGAUCCCUGCCGUCGCCGAGUUCAAGAACCUCAACCCUCGGAUCAAGCAGGACGAAUGGAACAUCCAAAUCCCCACCGAACUGACUCCGUGGCCUACAAACGGUCUCCGACGUGCCAGCAUCAACUCGUUUGGCUAUGGCGGUUCAAACGGACACGUCAUCCUGGACGACGCGUUGAACUACCUUCAAGAAAGAGGUUUGACUGGUAAUCAUGACACUGUUGUGGCGUCAACAAACCAACCUGGUACGCCGAGCUCGCAAAGCUCUGAUUCAGCCAUCUCCCUGGCCCAUACCACCCCGGAGACAGAGCCAUGUACACCAGAGCUCAGGCUCUUCGCCUUCAGCUCCCCGGAGCAAGAUGGUCUGGCUCGUCUUGCAGAGACGUACUCCCGGUACCUGGACCAAGACGCUCUCUCUCGUGACCUGAAGGGGGCAGCCACGCUCGAGGAGAUCAAGCAGGUGGACAACCUAGCAUAUACCCUGGCGUCUCGUCGAACCAUCUUUGACUGGAGAAGUUUUGCCAUCUCCGACACCCUCACGGAACUCCAGACCUCGUUGAAAUUGGGCCUGCCCACCCACAGCCGGGCCGGCAGGAAGCCCUCAUGCGCCUUCGUUUUCACCGGCCAGGGUGCGCAGUGGUUCGCCAUGGGCCGCGAACUCCUAGGACACUCUGUGUUUCGGGCUAGCAUUGAUGAAGCCGAGGCUUACAUCGCCUCUUUGGGCUGCCCCUGCCGCAUCAACGAUCCCGAGGUAUCCCAGACUCUGUGCACAGCCCUGCAGGUCGCGCUCGUGGAUCUGCUGGGGCACUGGGGCGUCCGGCCCAAGGCUGUUGUCGGCCACUCCAGCGGAGAGAUUGGCGCCGCAUAUGCUGCUGGCAUCUUGUCCAGGGAGGACGCGUGGAAAACCGCCUACUGGAGAGGUCUGCGGUCCACACAGAUGGAAACUCUCGCGCCGGAUCGCAAGGGAGCCAUGAUGGCAGUAGCACUGUCUGAGGAAGCCGCCCGUGAGUACUUGGCCAAGGUGGAGGAGGGUGAUGUGGUUGUCGCUUGCAUCAACAGUCCCAACAGCGUGACCAUCUCUGGAGACGAUCAUGCCGUGUCUGCGGCCGAGAAGCUCCUCACUGCCGAUAGCGUCUGGUGCCGCAGGCUCCUUGUCAAGACUGCAUAUCACUCCCCCCACAUGAAGGCCGUCGCGGACUGGUACCGCAAGGACAUUGAGGAUGUUCGCCCGCUCGGAGGUACAUCCGACAUCACCGUCUUCUCUUCCGUUACUGGUUCCGAGAUCAGCAGGGAAGAAAUGGGCAGCGCCGACUACUGGGUCAAGAACCUGGUUAGUCCUGUCAAAUUUUCCGCUGCCGUUACGUCGCUGCUCAAGCCACGAGACACAAGAGAUCGACGGAAGGGGGUUGCCAACGUCGACGCCCUUCUCGAGCUCGGUCCUCACAGCGCUUUGCAAGGCCCCCUGAGGGAAAUCCUGGCCGCCGCCAACGAGACAUACGUCGCCAGUGUCCCAUACACCGCGAUGCUGCGGCGCGGUGCCAAUGCACUCCUGACCGCGCUAACUGCUGCCGGCAGGCUGUGGUCGUCGGGCUUCAGUCUCAAGCUGGAGCUGGUCAACUCGACGGAGAAGGAACCGCUGAGGGGCCGCCCUCUGGUCACCUUACCCCGGUAUCCGUUUAACCACAAGCGCAGAUAUUGGAAUGAGUGUCGCGGUGUCCGCUGGGUCCAAAGCCACCCCACACCGAGGACCGACCUACUGGGACAGAAGACGUCGGAACACAACACCAUCUUAACCAGCUGGAGGAACUUUCUCUCUCCCUCCGAGGUUCCGUGGCUGCUAGACCACAAAGUCCACGGGCUGCUCGUUAUGCCGGGCGCCGUCUACAUCGCCAUGGUCAUGGAAGCUUGCCGGGAUACUGCCGACCCUAGCAGGACUCUGGAAGGCUUCGAGUUCCGCGACAUUACGUGGCACAAGCCCAUCGUCUUCGAGUCGCCGGAUGCUCAGGUCGAGAUCUCUCUGCAGCUGUCACCGUACAAGAUCGGCACCAAGGCUGCCACGACGACCUGGACGCGCUUCUCCAUCACCACGAUCGAUGCCGACGAUAGGAUAUCGGAGCACUGCUCGGGCCUCGUUGAGAGGAAAUACCUCACCCUCCCCGGUGAAAUCGAGAGGGGAAUGGAAGCCGUGGCCGAAUGGGACAGGCACCGGACCGAGCAUGAAACGAUGCAGGCCAGGCCGACCAUCACCCUCCCGGUCCACAACAUGUACGACAAGCUGAAUCGCAACGGGCUGCAGUUUGGCUCCACCUUCCGCAACCUGUCCCACAUCCAGUCCGGAGACGGGUUCAUGUACGGCGAGCUCGAGACGCCGGACACGGCCUCGACCAUGCCCGACGAGUUCGAGUACCCGCUUCCUCUCCACCCCGCGGUGCUCGAUUCCGCCUUCCAGAUGCUGGCUGGGGUCGGGCAGAGCCAGAAGUGGGAUGUUGUCAUGCUGCCCAACUCCAUUGACAGUCUCUACGUCUCAGCAACGGCCCCAACGGCCGCCGGGUUGGUUCUCAAGGGAUACUGCACGCUCGUGCCACAGAGCGCGGCCAAGGCGACCGGCACCUCCGUGCUCUCGGACGAGGCAUGGGAAAAGCCCGUCAUCGUGAUGAAGAAUUUGACCAUCACCGCCGCCCUCGGGCCCCAGACUGGCCCGCCCAAAACCGCCUUCGCUCGUCUUGACUGGAAGCUUGACGUCAACCACUCGAGAUUUCCGGCGGACUUGUAUGUUCCUCCGUCUGAUGAGGCUUCGGCUGCCGAGGCUCAGCUCAGCGACAAUGCCGCCAUCGAGCUUAUCAGGAAAGCUCUACAAGGCUUGAGCCGCCACGAGGCCGACGAGGAGCCCGAAAAGAGACCGGAAGCGGUGCAAAACUACGUUGCCUGGAUGCGUUCGGUCUCGGGAGACCCGAUACCGGUGGACGGCGUCGCGGAUCAACCAGCCAGUCCUUCUGCAGUUUCCGGCACAUGCACCCGCCAUGCGAUCGAGGCAGUCGGCGUUGAUAUCGGGCGCAUUCUCGGCAUCGACUCGGAGUCCAAGAGCAACGUGCUCUCUAGCGCAUUUCUGGCCGACUUUGCCAAUCGAUCCCUGGGCCGUUCAUUCGUCAACUCGGUCGUCGCCGACAUCAUGGACCAUGUGGGCAGCAUCAACCCCAACGUCGAGAUUCUCGAGAUCGCCAGCGGGUCCGACACCACAGGGGCUGCAGAGGUGCUGGAACGGCUUGGGGGCAAGAACAGCCGCAUCGGCAGGUACAUAUGGACGAGCCCUGACGAAGAGUCUACGGAAGCAGCCUCGAACAAUAUCAAGCCGAACGAAUGCUUGCAGGUGAGGGCGCUCAACAUCGAAGCCGACGUCCAAGCUCAGGGGCUCAGCCCCGGGAAGCUCGAUUACAUCAUACUGGAUGAUCUGCUCCUGACGACGUCGGAUCUGGAUGCCGCCCUGAAGAACAUCAAGACGCUUCUGAAGCCGGACGGUAGAUUGAUUGUCCAAGCCAUCACCAAGUCCCAACUGCGAACUGCAUUCGUCCUCGGGUCAUCCCACGCCUGGUGGCGCGACGGCGAGUCUGGGGAACGGCUCGAUGAACUCGGCUGGGGCGAGCGACUCAAGAGCAACGGGUUUACCGGCGUGUAUCAGGUCUUCAGGGACUCGGACGACCCUCGUGUUCACCAGCUGUCGGUCAUGGUUUGCUCUGUCGCGCGCGAGACGGCCUACGAGUACAAGGACGUGCUGCUCGUGACACCUUCGACUCCCUCCGAGAAGGUCACGAGACUGGCCGAGGACUGCUCUGCUCGCCUCGCCGGGUUUGGCCUGAGUGCUUUGACGCUUCCGUGGCCCGAGGUGGCGAGUGUCUCCGGGAAGCUUCUCAUCUCUCUCGUCGAGCUGGACGGCGAGGUCUUUUUGGAUUUAACCGAGGAGCUCUUCAACGCCACCAAGAACAUGUCCCUGAGAGCGGGCGGCAUGCUGUGGGUGACUCAGGCUGGCAACGUCUCUGGCGCCUCGGCUCCGGCUUGCAAUGUGUCCUCGGGCCUUUUCCGCGUCGUCAGGUCCGAGGACGGGGCUCGUCCUCUCGCGACGCUCGACUUGUCGACGGGGCUGGACCUCGCAUCCACCCAGGCGACCGAGACAAUCAUGCGUCUUUUCACGUCGCUGUUUGGAGACGGCGAUAUCCGUGCCUCGGACAAGGAGUUUGCCGAGGACGAGGGCAGCAUCUAUGUGCCGAGACUGGUCGAGGACGCUGCACUCGCGGCGGCUCAAACCGCCACGGGCGCCACCGCACAGCCGGUGACCGAUAGGCUGUUCCAGCCGGACAGGAAGUUGGUGAUGACCAUCGGUCAGGCGGGAGCGCCUGACUCUCUCCGGUUUGAGGACAGCGACAGAUGUGCCGCGCCCCUCCCGCAUAAUCACGUCGAGGUCAAGGUGAUGUAUACUGGACUGAAUUUUCUCGACAUCAUGGGGUCUCUUGGAGAGAUCCCGAGGCCAUAUUUUGGCAGCGAGGUUGUCGGUAAUGUUGUCGAGGUCGGGUCUUCUGUGACAGACAUUAGGCCUGGCGACACCGUGGCUGGUUUCUGUAACGGAGGCUUCGGUAGCCAUGCUCGGAUGAAGUGGACCAUGUGCCAUCGAAUCCCUGACAACAUCUCGAUUCAGGAGGCUGCUUCCAUCCCCGUCGCCUUCACGACGGCCUGGGUCUCCCUCGUCGACCUGGCCCGGAUGCGCAGGGGUGAGACCAUCCUGAUCCACUCGGCCGCUGGCGGCGUUGGUCAGGCAGCCGUUCAGCUCUGCCAGCACUUCGGCGUCAAGGUCUACGCCACCGUGGGCUCCGUCGUCAAGAAAGAGCUGCUCAUGCGGCGGUACGGCAUUCCAGAAGAGGAUAUCUUUUACUCCCGCGACACAACCUUUGCGCAGGGCAUCAUGAGAGCCACCAACGGCCGGGGUGUAGACUUGGUCCUGAACUCGGUUGCUGGCGAGUUCCUCCGCAAGUCAUGGCAUCUCGUGGCCCCCUUCGGACGCUUUGUUGAGCUGGGCAAGCGCGAUAUUCUGGGCAACACCGGGCUCGACAUGGAGCCCUUCAUCAGGAGUGCCAGUUUCAUUGGCUUCAACCUCGAAAAGUACGAGGAGCAUCUGCCGGAGUUUGAGCUUGUUGAGAAGGCUUUCAAGCAAGUCUUUGGGCUGGUCGCCGCCGGCAAGCUCCGGCCCCUCGGCCCGAUCAAUGUCUAUAACUACUGCGACGCGCCAAAGGCGUUCCGUGCGCUGCAGUCGGGUAAGGUUGUCGGCAAGGUGGUCAUGCGUGCUAAUCAUGACGAGAUGGUCCCCGUCGUCCCUCGCGUCGAACACCCCCUCACGCUCGACCCAGACGCGACUUACGUGCUCGCUGGCGGACUGGGCGGCAUUGGGAGAAGCAUUGCCACCAUGCUGCACGUACACGGAGCACGAAACCUGGCUUUUGUUUCGAGGUCUGGUGGCCAAAACGAGAUUGCACAGGACUUCCUGCAAAGGCUCCGGAGCCUGGGCUGCACGGCAAACGCCUACGCAUGCGAUAUCUCGGACCGCGAGCAGCUGUCCAGGGCCAUCGAGCAGUGCCAGUCCGAGAUGCCUCCCAUCCGGGGAUCCAUCCAGUGUGCUAUGACGCUCAAGGAUGCCAUCUUCGAAAACAUGACCUACGACGACUGGGUCUCCUGUACCAGGCCCAAGAUCCAGGGGAGCUGGAACCUCCACAACGUCCUGGUCAAGGAUGUCGACUUUUUUAUCAUGCUCGCGUCCACCUCGGGCAUCAUCGGAAACCCUGGACAGGCCAACUACGCAGCCGGAAACACAUUCGAGGAUGCCCUCGCGCAUUACCGCCGCCGUCGAGGCCAGAAGGCCGUGGCCCUGGACAUUGGCGCCGUCCGAGACGUCGGCUACCUCGCUGAGGCCAGCCACCAGGGGUACUGGAGCCUGAGCCAUCUGAAUGCCCUGGCGGUCUGCGAGGCCGACAUCCACUUCCUCAUCAAGAAUGCCAUUACCGGCUACACCAUCGGCAGCGAGGAGACUGGGCCACAAAUCGUCGCCGGUCUGGCCGGCGCCACCCUUGACGAGCAACUCAUUGACCGCAGCCCCUGGGCGCGGGACGGCAAGCUCUGCAUGGCCCUCAAAGCUUCUCUCACCAAGAAGACGGCCGGGAUGCAGGCUGGGAUUGACGCCUUGGCCAGGGUAGACACCGCCGCCGCCGCCGUUGCCGUCGUAGAGGAAAUCUUGGCCAGGCGCGUUGCUGUCGCAGUCAUGAUUCCCGAGGAUGAGAUUGCUGUCGAGGAGUCGCUCCAGAGCUACGGAGUCAACUCGCUCGUUGCUGUCGAAAUAAAGACCUGGUUAGCCAAGGAAUUACAGACUGAGAUUAGCGCAGGAGAGAUCAGCCCUUCGUCCAUCUCGGCCCUGGCCGCCACUGUGGUCUCAACAAGCAAGCUUCUU